AUGGCAGCUCAGGGAGCUGUGGAAAUUGUGCACCUCCCUCUCUGUAGACCCCUGGAGCUCGAAACAUUUUCUGUCACAGAGGAGUUAUGGAGGGAGGAGCCAAAUGAGCCACUGAGACCCAUUGAUUAUUACCAACCACUAUCACCGGAUCCUUGUCACUCUGAACUUCCUUUUGGAUGUGCCCUACAGAAGAAAGUGGCUUGCCUGGUUGUGUGGAGCCAUGAUGCUUGUUUCCUGGCAGAAGGGUCACUGCCAUUUCCUAGGAGGGAAAGGAUCAGGGGCAAGGUGGCACAAAGGUCAAAGCAGUGUGGGCCCACCAGUGAGAGCACCAGAUUGCUCCUGCAUUGUGGAAUCCAUCUUGCCAACUUGCCCCUCUCUCUAGAGCUAGCUGUUGGAGCAUGCUCACUAGGUGGCCUUUCAGUGUGGGUUGACCGCUUUCAAAAGAGCCCAAAGAUCCAGCCUGGUUCAGGAAAAAAAGAAACUGUUCCAAAGGGAUUGAGAAGUCCUGCAGAUUGUGUUAAUGUACAGACUUGCUUUGGACUAUACGGAGGUUCAGGGCCUGAGACUGAUCCUAUAUCUUUAGGAGAAGAGAAAGUCAGCCAAGUGCAGGUGUUCUUGCAACACUGUAAUGGGGAAAACCACAAGGUGGAAUUCUCCCUUCCCCCUGCACAACUUUUAAAGAUACAGAAGACCUCUUGGAGGCUGGGCCUGGGCAAUCCUCCCGACUUAAGGAUGGAAAAUGGAAUAUUGGUGGACAGCAAAAGAGGUUUAAAGAUGCUGUCAAAGCUAAUCUAAAACAAUGUAAUAUGGGCAUUGAGAACUGGGAAGCCUUGGCCCAUGAGUGUUCCAAUUGGAGGUCAGCCAUUAUCAAAGGUGGUAUGGACUUUGAAGAAGCACGAGUACAGGGCGAAAGGGACAAACGAGCUAAGCGGAAGGCACGUCAAGCAAAUCCUCAUCGUGACCAUCUUCCAUCUGGAAACCUAUGUCCUUAUUGAGGGAGGCUGUGUGGAUCCAGAAUUGGCCUCCACAGUCACUUACGGACCCACUGUUAAAGACCUUACCCUGGAAGACAAUCUUACUCGGCCAUGAGUGAAUGCCAAUGAAUGAAUGAAUGAAAAAUACAGUAUUGGUUUUGCUGCAAAAGACUAAUGGGCACACCUCUCUAAAUCCAUUAAGUUGCAGGAGACAUCACCUGACUGAUGAGUGAUCUCUGUGUGCCUCCUCCAAAAGUUCUGAUUGUGGCUGUCUCUGUAAAAUACCUACAUGACCAAAAUACCUAGGCAGGUGUCCUUAGAAUUUUGUCACAUCAAAGUGGUUGCCUUAUCACCUCUUUGGUUGGACUGACCUGGAAAGAAGCCUUGGCAUCCCUUGCCUUUCGCUCUCUGAGUUAUUGGCUGCUUGUGUCUUUUGCCAGGCAUUUUUAAUCAAGCACACACUGUUUUGCCAAAUCUAUCCUGAGAUAAAACACACGCCUUGUGCCUUGUUGACAUCAGAUUUCUAAAGCCAGCUGUGCAGUUGCCAUUGUUUGGUUUCAAUGCUUUUUACAAAGCAUGUGGAAAUGAAUGUCCUCUUUGCUUAGGUUGAAGGAUAUGCCAAAUGAAAAGCCUCCCCUCCCUUCCCACCAACUGCACAGAUCUCUGUGUUCUUCUAGAUGGCCUGAUAAGUAGUUCUGUAUCUGUGUGUGAAAGGAAGAGAAACAGGAAUUCCGUUAGGAAGGCUGACAAUAAUCUUAGCUAUCCCAGUGCUAGGCCUGGGCAGAUGUUGCUGGCAGAAAUCAGCUGUACUGCCUCUUUAUAAACUUUUGUAGCUGCCAGAAAAUAAAUAGUUUACAUGUAUUUUGGCUCUUCCUUCAAACUUUGAUCUGGCUUUUUAUUUAAAAAAGAAAGAAAGAAACGUUCCUUGUACACACAAGUCAUAAGGGAAGCCUUGUGUGUGUCAAGAAGGGGAGGUCCCAGGCAGGUGUUUAUUGUGGGAUGGGUGCUCCUUAUGCAUGUGAAUUUUUCACAGCAUGCAUCUGAUGUCGUUGGCAUCAAAAUGACCCCAUUUAUCCCAAUUUCCCUGUCCUGGGGGAGAUUUGAUGUUUUAAAGAGUUGUUGCCAGUGACUCGUUUGCAAUAUCUGAAUAAACUGUUUACAAUAUUAAGACCCUGUCUUGAACCACCCUUUGAAUCAACCUAUCACUCUUAGCCAUGAGAAACACAGGGCUGCUUUCACACAUGGGGCUGAUUGCGUUAGUUUAACAGAUUAAAAAGGUAGCGCUUCUGUCCCGAUUUCUAAAAUCCCUUUCACACUGCAGUACCUGUUGCAUUAAGGAACAGCAGCUUUUUCAGCCAAUGUACCGGCAUUUCACGCAACAGUCUUUCACACGGCUUGUUUUUGUCCUUCACCCAUGCACACUGUUCCUCACUGUGUAGGAGGUCUAAGAUCUCAUCCCGUCACCAUGAAAGACCUCUCUCUUUAGGAUCUGACUUUUAAAAUUGUUUUAGUUGUAUCAAGACAGGGGUAUGUGUGGGAAAUGCUGCUGCUAUCUGCACCGAUGCUGGAAUACCGGUACAAUGUUCAUCAGGCAAAAAAAAACAAACCUGCGCGACUAAAGGGCAGGAACGCACUGCAUGCUGGGAUGCCUGCCACAUGAGCGGCUGCAGCUAGCAAUAAACUCCUGCAAUCUUCCGGGUUCCCAGCCUUGCUAACAGAUUAUUUCUGGUAUCAUUUAUCAUGGAAAUUAGCGCUAAACUUCCACUACAUACCACUAGAAUUCUGGAGCUAGUUUGUGCGUCGUGCGUAAGAUCAAAUAUAAUGCGCAAAUUACCAGGUAAGAAAUCAUUAGAAUAACGGAAUUAAGUGCAGUGUGAAAGCAGCCACAAUCUUGCAAGAGCCGAAUGUGGCCGCAGUGAUUCUUCUAGCACAGGGUUUAGGAAGGAGAAGCCCUCCUUACAUAUCCACAUACAUUGUAGGCAUGGCUUCUUGGGAAAGAGCCAUAAAUCAGUGGUAGAGCAUGUGCUUUGCAUGCAGAUGUUCCCUGGGUCAGUCCCCAUAUAUGCAGGUAAGACUGGGAAAGUCCCUGCCUGAAACCCUGGAAAACUGCUACCACUCAUUUUAGACAAUACUGAACUAGAUGGACCAAUGGUUUGACCCAGUAUAAAGCAAUUGCCUGCGUUUUUAUUUAUUUAUUUAAUUAAACAUAUUCAUUCAUUUAUUUUGUGCAUUGAAAACAUUUCCAUCCUGCUCUUUCAUUACACGCAAUUUCAGAGCAGCUGAAACAUAAUACAUCUGCAUAAACAACAAUAUAAAAGGAAGAGGCAAGUAAAAUGCAACCAGAAUAACGAUCAAUCUGGCAUUAAACUCCAGCAAAAGACCUGAGCAAAAAGCUAAACUUUAGCUGGCGCUGACAGCUCUGCAGUGUUGGCACCAGCUGAAUCCCAGAGGGGUUGGCAUUCUGAAGCUGUGGUGCCGCAACUGGGAAGGCUCUCCCCCAUGUCACUGUCAAACAAAGCUCUGUAAAUGGCAUAAAGAUGGCUCUCAAACAUGCAUGUUUGAGGAAGGAUUUUGCAUCCCUGGAAUAAAAUCGGGAAGAGGUUGUGGAUGACUUUCUUUCAAUCUUUCCUAAAAAUCAACUUUUUCCUUUGUGCUUUUGGUUUAGUAUCUUAGAACAUCUUUAUAGAUAACUCUGUUACCAGUGCUUUUCCUCCCAUUGUUGCUUCCACACUGGCAACACAAGAUUUCUGCCCACAUAGGUUGCUGUGACAACAACGCUAACAAUCAGGGCGGUGAUGCACCUUCCACAGGGCCUGGUGUUGUUUGUGUGGGGACUCUUGAUUCAUGAGUAGCAAAAUCCUAUUUCAAGAACAAAAUAAAAACUGUAUUCAUGCCAUCUCAGAUGCCAGAAUGAAGUAUGCUGUUGGUUGCCCCAUCAUAUGAUCAAGCAUGUUUCUGGAGGUAUGAAACCUAUAUCACUCUAUCCUUACUAAAUCAAUAUCUAGCCAGGAGAACUUAGAUUUUCUUGUGACUUCAGCAGCAGCAUUCCACAGUUAGGAACAUAGGUAGCUGCCUUAUACUGUGUCAGACCCAUUGGUCCAUCUAGGGCUAUAAAUGCACUAGUCCCUAGAACAAAAUGUUUCCAUUAGCCACACCUGGAGGGAGAAUAUGGCUGAUCUGCCAAUCAGUUGAAAACAUAUCUUUGAAGCUGUUUUUUAAAAAAAAACAACACUCAAGCUGCUUCCACCAGGUUUUAUAAUAAAAAGGGGUGGGGCUUGACUAGCAUUGUCUGCCCCCAUUUUCAGAAGAGAGAGGGACUGACAGAGCAGUGACUGUAUAUAUAUCCUUGCUCACUACUGUCUGGCAGGUGACAUGAGUAUCUCCGCCACCUCUUGCAGGCCAAGUUUAUCUUCUGAGAGAUGCUUCAGGCUUGCUUUAUAUUUCCAGUAAAGCAUGCCUUAUCAACACUAUUGUGCUGUUGUUAAUCUGAAUCAACCCCAUCCUUCUAAAUUGGUGAAUGCCUUUUCCGCACAGAUGGAGGAUGUUCAUCCUGUUCUGGAUGGGGUUACACUCCCCCUGAAGAAACAGGUUCGUAGUUUGGGGGUUCUUUUCGAUCCUUCCUUGUCACUGAGGCUCAGGUAGCCUCGGUGGCUCGGAAUGCGUUCUACCAUCUUCGAUUGGUAGCCCAACUACGCCCCUAUCUCUGCGGUGACAACCUCGCCUCAGUUGUUCAUGCUCUAGUGACCUCUAGAUUGGAUUACUGUAAUGCACUCUACGUGGGGCUGCCCUUGAAGACGGUUCGGAAACUCCAACUAGUGCAAAACGCAGCAGCCAGACUGUUGACGAGGACCAAUCGGUCCUCACAUAUUACACCUGUUCUGGCCCGUUUGCACUGGUUGCCGAUUUGUUUCCGGGCCAGAUUCAAGGUGCUGGUAUUGACCUAUAAAGCCUUACAUGGUGUGGGUCCGCAAUACCUGAUGGAACGCCUCUCCCGCUAUGAACCUACCCGUGCACUUCGUUCGACAUCUAAGGCCCUCCUCCGAGUACCGACUCAUCGAGAAGCUCAGAGGGUAAUGACAAGAUCUAGGGCCUUUUCGGUGGUGGCCCCCGAAUUAUGGAAUAGUCUCCCCGAGGAGGUACGCCUGGCGCCUACGCUGUUAUCCUUUCGGCGCCAGGCCAAAACCUUCCUAUUCUCCCAGGCAUUUUAAUUCAUUUGUAUGUAUUUUAAUGUUUUAAUUACCUUAACAUUAGGUAGUCUUAUUAUGUAUCUGUAUUUUAUAUCUUGCGAUUUUUGUUGAUUAUUGUUAUUAUUGUAUGUUGUACA